AUGGCGGCGGUCGCUAUGGACGCGGCCGGGCCGGAGAAGCGGGAAGGGACGGCGGUCGCCAGCGGGAGCGGCCAUUACGAACUACCCUGGGUUGAAAAAUACAGACCGACGAAACUCUCUGAAAUAGUUGGGAAUGAAGACACAGUUAGCAGACUGGAGGUCUUUGCAAGGGAAGGGAAUGUUCCAAAUAUUAUUAUUGCAGGGCCUCCAGGAACUGGUAAAACCACCAGCAUCUUGUGUCUGGCACGGGCGUUGCUGGGCCCUGCUUUAAAGGAUGCUGUUUUGGAGCUGAAUGCCUCAAAUGACAGAGGCAUCGAUGUCGUGAGGAACAAAAUCAAGAUGUUUGCUCAGCAGAAGGUUACGCUUCCAAAAGGCCGGCACAAAAUCAUCAUCUUGGAUGAAGCGGACAGCAUGACAGAUGGAGCUCAGCAAGCCCUGAGGCGGACAAUGGAAAUCUACUCCAAAACAACACGCUUUGCCCUGGCUUGCAAUGCCUCUGACAAGAUCAUUGAGCCGAUCCAGUCCCGCUGUGCAGUGCUCCGUUACACCAAGCUGACGGAUGCCCAGAUCCUCACUAGGCUGAUGAAAAUCGUGGAGAAGGAGAACGUGCAGUAUACGGACGACGGGUUGGAAGCCAUUAUCUUCACGGCCCAGGGGGAUAUGAGGCAGGCACUGAACAACCUGCAGUCAACCCAUUCCGGAUUUGGCUUCAUCAACAGCGACAACGUGUUCAAGGUAUGUGAUGAGCCCCACCCCUUGCUGGUGAAGGAGAUGAUCGGCCACUGCGUCAGCGCCAAUAUCGAUGAAGCUUACAAGGUCCUUGCCCACCUAUGGAGACUUGGCUACUCUCCAGAAGACAUAAUCGGCAACAUUUUCAGAGUGUGUAAAACCUUCCAAAUGGCAGAGUACCUGAAGCUGGAGUUUAUCAAGGAAAUCGGCUAUACUCACAUGAAGAUAGCAGAAGGGGUGAACUCGCUGCUGCAGAUGGCAGGCCUGCUGGCUCGGCUCUGUCAGAAGACUGCUGCCCCUACAGCAAGCUGAAGGAGGAUGCAUCAGUCC